GUGAUGCAUACAAUUUGCGGUUCCACACAACAGUUCUCUGCUUCUGAGGGCUCUGCGUUUCAAUCUGCUUUGUCUCUUCUCUUCUCUGCACAUAUACACACAUACUUUUUCUAGGGUUGCGAUUCGAUUCCUUUGUAUAUUCAUCGAUUCCCCCAGCUGGGUCUUUCUCUCUCUUCCAUAUUUAAACCUUCCCCACCACCAGAUUCGUCCAUCGAAAUGCUCGAAUUCAAGACCAUCAGGAAGAAAAUGUGGAUGUUCUCUCAUUGAUCUCGCCCCCCAAAUCAGCUCAUCCUUGUCCUCUUUCGCGUGAUGGAAGGCAUGACCACCGCCACAAUCGCAAUUCCAUCUUCUUUUAGCCUCAGUUUCCGCCUCCGAUUGCUCUCUUUCUGGUUCGCUCCCACCACUCGCCCUCCCGGCGCCGGCGACCCGUAGAGCAAUUAUCCCGCUGGAGUUGUUGUCUUGUAAUAGGUGAUAGCUUUUCUCAAUUCAAAGUCUCGAGUUCGAAUAUCGUUUUUAGACGGUGUUUGUUUAGAGUAGAGAGACAGACGACGAAUAUAUAAUGGAAAAUUGGAGUAAGAAUUCGUUUUCAUUUAACUCGAACCCUUCGAACUUGGUAUCUAAUUGCUGGGGGAAGUUGGAGUCGUAUUCGGGAAAUUUUGGAGGCUUUGAUGGCGAUUGGAGAGGUGGGUCAGCGUCGAUUUCGCAGUCUUUGGUGUUGGAUGGUGAGAAAGAUGAGCUCAUCAAGGCUCCGGUGAGAUGUGGGAAGAAAAGGGGGGCGUCGGAGGAGAAGAUUAUGGCGGCGUUGAAGAGCCAUAGCGAGGCUGAGAGGCGGCGGAGGGAGCGGAUCAAUGCUCAUCUCACCACCCUCCGCGGCCUGGUUCCUUCCGUUCAAAAGAUGGAUAAAGCCACCUUGCUUGCCGAAGUUAUCAGCCAAGUGAAACAACUGAAGAAGAUUGCCAUAGAAACCAGCAAAGGUUUACUCAUUCCAAUGGACAAUGAUGAAGUAAAAGUUGAAUCACAUAACAUGGAUGACGGGACCUUUUCUUUCACAGCAUCUCUUUGUUGUGAUUACAGGCCUGAACUUGUAUCCGAACUGCAAGAAGCUCUUCACGCCCUUAAUCUAAACGUCGUGAAGGCAGAAAUCUCGACCUUGGAAAGCAGGGUGAAGAACGUUUUUGUUUUCACCAAUGCAGAAGACGGGACUCCCAAGGCACGCCAACUCCUUGUGGAUACCGUUCAUCAGGCUUUCAGCAAUAUCCUGGAUAAGGUGACGGCCUCGGCAGAGUACUCACCAAGAACAGCACUUCUGAACAAGAGGGGAAGAUUUUCCCCUUUUGAUUCUUCAAGCUCGUCUUCAUGAGUCAUGACUCAUGAGAAUUCUGGGUAGUGGUGAUAGUAGUAUAUAUGGGUGAUGCUAUUGUACUGUGCAUUAGCAAUGUGAUAAAUGGUGCGCUGCCGCUGAUGUUUGUACUUGUCUGUACAUAACCAUACUAUUUUCUUUGCUUGGAUGGGUGUGUAAUGGAAACAUGAAUCUUGUUAGAGCUUUAGACAUCCCACUAGAGUCUUCAAUGAUAGAAAUCUUAUUUCCUCUAGCCUAAUAUAAUAUGGCUAUUAUUAA